AUGAAGAACUACUUCACGAGGCUGAGACGCCAGCGGUUUUACUCAUGGGCUGGCCGAGGGAUCCUGGACCAGAAAUCCCGCCACUUCUUCUAUAGGGGCCUCCACAUCAUGUCGGAAGCGAGCGGCGAGGAGUCCUGCGUCCACCUCAGGGACUUUGUGCUCGUCGACGGGUACGAUGAGGAUGUCCCCUAUGUGGCCCGACUGCUCAAGCUGUAUGAAGAUUCCUCCGAGCCCGCCCCGAACAAGCACGCGGUGGUGCAGUGGUUUGUGCGCUUGAGCGAGAUCCCCACCAGCAAGCAGAAGCUGCUGGGCCGGGAGGUGACGGCCCAGGAGGUCUUCUACUUCGACGACCCCAGCUGUAGCAAUGACAUCUGCGUGGAGACCAUCGUCGGCUCCGUACAGGUGGCGGCUCUGGCUCCGGAGGAGGCGGUGCCCACGGGGCCCAAGGGGCGGCAGGUGCUGUUCACCAGACUGUCCUGGGACAAGAGGAGCUUCAAGCCGCUGAGCCCCAGCCUGCUGCAGGAGAUGAGGAGGCGUCGGCGAGGCGACGCGGGGUCUCUGCCCCUCCCUCCCGAGCCGGGAGCGGCCGCCGAGUCCUGCCGUUCCCGGGAGCCGCGGGCCCGCCAGGCCCCCACUGGCACCUCCGUCACCCCGCGGGCCAGGAAGCAGCUGCAGCUUGACGAUUCCCCCAGAGCGCCCUGCAGCAGGUUCUCCCAGCAGCAGGUUCUGGAAUUUCUGAGCAGCGGUGGGGGCGACCUGGAGCCCAAGAGGAAAGUCGCCCUCUCCCCGACUCCCUCUCCCGCCAAGAAACCCCGGCCCAACGGGUUGCUGGCCCAGUCCCCCGCCCCGAAGACCCCGGAGGACUCACAGAUGAGCCGAUUCAAUUUGUCGCCGGUGGUCCGCUGGGACCAGAAGCCGAGGGAAAGCUCCUCUCGCGAGGUGGCAGGGUCGGGAGCCGAGAGCGGGGCUGCGGCUGACACCCCUCGAACCCGGAGGAAGUGCUCACUCCUCUCCUCGUCCCGGAUCAGACAACAGCUCCGUCUUCUAGGUAACAACUGCGGGGCCGAUAAGGCCGAUGGUGACUUCCUGCCGGCAGUGGAGUCCACCGACUCCCAAAGUGACGAUGACGAGGAGGAAGAGGAGGAGGAAGCGGCCCAGAUCCCCAGGAGACACAACUGGGUCCCCCACACUCCAAAACGCCACCAAAAAGGCUCUACACGGACCCCCAGCAAGACUCCUAGGAAAACCCCCAAGCCUCGGACCCCUCAAACCCCUCGAGCCCCGGACCGACCGACCCCGCGCCUGCGCAGCCGCAGCCAGGUGGCCCAGGAACCGACCAGCGUCCUGGAAGAAGCCCGGCUGAGGCUGCACGUCUCCGCCGUGCCAGAGUCCCUGCCCUGCCGGGAACAGGAAUUCCAGGACGUCUACAACUUCGUGGAAAGCAAACUCCUCAACCAGACCGGAGGCUGCAUGUACAUCUCCGGGGUCCCGGGGACGGGGAAGACUGCCACGGUGCAAGAGGCGCUGCGCUGCGUCCAGCGGGCCGCCCAGGCAGACGAGCUGCCGGCCUUCCAGCUGGUUCAGAUCAAUGGCAUGAAGCUGACGGACCCCCGCCAGGCUUACGUACAGAUUCUGCAGAAGCUGAGCCGACAGAAAGCCACGGCCAGCCAUGCCGCGCAGCUACUGGAGAAGCGGUUCAGCACCCCGGGCCCGAUGCGGGAGCCCACGGUUCUCCUGGUGGACGAGCUUGAUCUCCUGUGGACCCAGAAGCAAGACGUGAUGUACAACCUGUUUGAGUGGCCCAGCCGCAAGGGAGCACAGCUGAUCGUCCUGGCUAUCGCCAACACUAUGGACUUACCCGAGAGGAUCAUGAUGAACCGGGUGGCCAGCCGGCUGGGCCUCACCAGGAUGUCCUUCCAGCCUUACUCGUACACGCAGCUGCAGCAGAUCCUCGGGGCCCGGCUGAAGCACGUGAAGGCCUUCCAAGAGGAUGCCAUCCAGCUGGUGUCCAGGAAGGUGGCCGCGCUCUCUGGGGAUGCCCGGCGCUGCCUGGACAUCUGCAGGCGAGCCACGGAGAUCUGCGAGUCGCGCAGCCAGACGCCCGGCCUGGUCAGCGUGGCCCACGUGGUGGAAGCCGUGGAAGAGAUGUUCUCGUCCCCGUACGUCACCGCCAUCAGAAACGCAUCCCUCCUGGAGCAGGGGUUCCUGAAGGCCACGCUGGCUGAGUUCCGCCGCUCGGGGCUGGAGGAGGCGACAUUUCAGCAGGUCUUCCAGCAGCACGUGGCACUGUGCAGGAUCGAGGGGCUUCCGCCGCCCUCCGCCUCCGAGAUCAUGGCCGUGUGCUCGCGGCUGGGGGCCUGCCGCCUGCUGCUGCUCCUGGAGCCCAGCAAAAAUGACCUCCUGCUGCGCCUGCGGCUCAACGUCAGCCAGGACGACGUCCUCUACGCGCUGCGGGGGCGGCAGGAGGAAGAGGAGGAGCGGGGGGGGCCACGGGGCGCCGGUCACAGGUAGCGGCGGGCCCCGGGGCGACUUGUUUUUCAUGACCCGGAUUUGACUGUUUUUUUAAACGGCCGAGACCUUUCC